AAGGCCACGUUGGGGUAAACCCUCACUUCAGCCGGCGACUAGCACCGCUACAAACAAGUCUCUCCUUGCCCAGCUUCUGAAAUGGCAGUCUCCGAGCUUGCUUGCAUCUACUCCGCUCUCAUCCUUCACGAUGAUGAGGUUACAGUUAUGGAGGAUAAAAUUAAUGCUCUCAUUAAAGCAGCAGGUAUAAAUGUUGAACCAUUCUGGCCUGGAUUAUUUGCAAAGGCCUUAAACAAUGUAAACAUUGGUAGUCUCAUCUACAAUGUAGGAGUUGGUGGCCCUGCCCCAGCAGCUGGUGGUGCUGCCCCUGCUGGAGGUGCUGCUCCUGCUAGCAUAGCUGCCCCUGCUGAGGAGAAGAAGAAAGAGGAAGCAAAAAAAGAAGAAUCCGAGGAAUCUGAUGAUGACAUGGGUUUUGGUCUGUUUGACUAAAUAUUUUUUGUAACAUUGAAUAAAAAGCUUGAUUCAACUAAUAAAUAAA